AUGACAGGGGGAAAGACAGCCUGCCUUGUUUGCAUCUGUUUUUCACUACUUCAAGGUUCUGUUUCAGCCUUAAACUGCACCAGCCCAACUCCUGAUGCCUUGUUUGAUGCUCUCGAGAAGGAACUGUUUUCUAGAAACCUACUGCGACCUGUAAUAAGCUUUUCAGAUACAUUGAAUAUAUCCAUUGAUAAUAUUGUGGUGGGAAUAAUAGGAGUGAACAACAAGUUUCCGACUUUGACUAAUCCUUUGACUCAAUGUAUGGUUUGGGACAUCGAAGGACUGAGCUGGGAUGAGAAGGAAUGUGGAACUACAAGAGUCUCUGUCCCUCGAGAAAAGCUUUGGAUCCCAGACGUCUUUAUCUCAGAGUUCAUGGACGAGGACAACUCUCCCCAAUCUCCCUAUGUCUACUUAUACAACACAGGUCGUGUUUAUGACGAUAAGCCGAUCAGAGUGGUCAGUUCCUGCCAAUCGGAAGUCUACAAUUUCCCCUUCGAUAUCCGAAACUGCUCUCUGACCUUUGGAUCUUAUUUACACUUUGCUGAAGAGAUCAGAAUGAUUCAAAGCCGCACAGAUGCAGAGGUCAUGGAGGAGUCCAGACAAGUGACGUUGACUAAAGGGGAGUGGGAGCUUGCAGAUAUCGAAGCAGCUCAAACUACCCGGGAGAAACCUGAUGGAAGCUACUCUUUGAUUAAAUACUAUGUAAUUCUGAGACGUAGGUCAACCUUCUAUGUGGUGAACCUGCUGAUCCCCAGCUGCUUCCUCGUCACAAUGGACCUCUUCAGCUUCAUGCUGCCUCCUGAUAGUGCGUACCGUUCCUCCUUUAAGAUGACCCUUAUCCUGGGCUACUCCAUCUUCCUGAUGAUGAUAAACAACCUGCUUCCUGCCCUCAGGAAGACACCUCUCAUUAACGUUUUUGUCUCCAUCAGUUUCACUCUGAUGGUGACCAGCCUGUUGGAGACCAUGUUUAUCGUUAAUUUCCAGAACAGAACCAGCAACAAAGUCACGGUGCCUCACUGGCUCCGUGUCCUUGUGCUACGAUAUCUAGCUGUUGCUGUUUGUCUCCCUCCAAAAAAGAAGAGCAACUGCAUCCCAGUCUCCCUUCAUUCACCUGCUACAGCAAUGAAUACCAGCACAAUAUCUUCAAGAGAUCUUCAGAGCGACUCUGGCGCGACACCUUCAGUGAAACCUCUGCUGGGACUGACCCUGGAUAAGCUGAGGAGUAUGAGUAGAGAUCUCACGGCCAUCCGCCUCCAGAUGCACUUCCAGGAGAAAAACAACUUACAAGAAUGGAAACUGGUCGGGAUAGUCAUUGACCGUCUGCUGUUCUACUUGUACAUUGUCUUUAUCUGUCUCAGCUUUAUCACCAUCACAUGUAUCUGGAUUAACAUGAGAGUAUAAUCGCACAACAAUCACACUGUUAGGAUCUGAGUGUUUCCUGUUUUAUUUUGAAGUCCCUGUCUUGUUCCCUCUAUUUCCCUGCUCUUCCCUCCCUGUGCUUGUCUGUUUCUUUCCUGAUUGUUUCCAGCCACGCCCUGAUUGUUUCCACCUGUGUCUCGUUCCCCUGUGUAUUUAAUCUGUUCUUUCUGUUUGUUCGGUGUCGGAUCGUUUUUGUUCCUGUGUGGUGUUUGUCCGUGUUCCUGUCCUGGAAAUAAACCUUGUCUUUU